AUGCAGCAGCGCAAGGAUGAGAUCCUCGCGAAGCGGGCCAAGCUUGCCGAGCUCAAAAAACAGCGCGAGCUACGCCAGAAGGAAUUCACCUCCCGAACCAGCGUCGGGGAUGCUUCAGAGAUUAUCUCACCAGUUCCAAGCCGCACAGAUAAUAGACACGACCUCGAUGACUUGAUCUCUCGCUUGGUCGACCGCCCAGCGUCGGCCUCCCUCAGCCACGGCGCUGAUGGCCAGUCGCGGAGAGGAAGUCGACCAACCUCCGUGCUGAGUGCGAGCCAAUUAAGCGGAGAGAAUGCAGAUUCAUAUGCAGCUCCAUUGCGACCACAAUCUCAGUCCAUUGCCGUCCAGACAACAGAUGAGCCUUGGAUUUCCACUGCAACGGAAGCCCCGCAGCCCCCUGAACUUGAACCCGAAUACAAAUCCACGCCCAAGCCAGAAGUUGUCACUUAUAGCAAGGCCGUACAAACAGACGGAAUCGAUUUGCAACCCGAGACUCCUGAAGAGUCUGUCGCUUCGGACGAUGAGGAGUCACCUGGUACUACGCGGUCGAGCAAGCGUCUCAGUCGACGAGACCGGGAGCGAGAUGAGGAAAUCCGACAAAAGCUUCGCAAGGAAAUUGAGGACGAGCUUCAAGCUACCAAGGCCGAUAAUAAUGAGGACACAGCUACACAAUCUGCAAAGCUGCGGUAUCCUCUACGCAAACUCGAUGACGACGAGCUCAAGGCAGUCACAUCGUCGAACGAUUUCCUAGACUUUGUAGAGCGCUCGUCGAAGGUCAUCGAGCGGGCUUUGGACGAAGACUACGACGUACUGGCAGACUAUGAGUUGGGUGGGACUGAUGGUCAUCUGCAAGAAGAUGAAGAGACUGGCAAGAAAAGGAGAGGAAUGCAAGAAUUCCCUGAAUUGUUGCUUGCAUCAUACACCAAGAAUACUUCCGCUCCUCACGAACCCGAUGGCCUUGUUCAGAUCUGGAAUCAGCACUUGCAAACUCGCCCGGAGUAUGUGUUCCACUCGACAUCCGAUAUCCUUACAGCAAAAUUCUCUCCCUACCAUCCAAACCUUGUUGUUGGAGGCUCCUAUUCAGGACAAGUGCUCGUGUGGGACACUCGUUCCUCGCGCGCCGGUGGAGGCUCUCCGGUACAAAAGACCCCCCUGUCAGGCGGCGGACACGCCCAUCCCGUUUACAGCAUCUCAAUUGUUGGCACACAGAAUGCACACAAUAUCAUGACCGCAUCCACGGACGGUGUGGUCUGCGGUUGGACGAUGGAUAUGCUCUCUUACCCACAAGAUCGUGUGGAACUGACUACACCUCCCCCAUCUAAGACCGAGGAUCUUGCUCCAACCACCAUGUCAUUCCCUCAUACUGAUCCUACGUUCUUCAUCGUCGGUACUGAAGAGGGAGUCAUCUACCCGUGCCACCGGUAUGAUCGGGCCGGAGCUAAGUCUGGCACAGACCACCGCCUAGCGUACAAGGGACAUACGGCACCAAUCAUGUCUACCGCAUUCCACCCCGGUCGUGGACCCGUAGACCUGGGCGAUCUUAUGUUGAGCUCCAGUUUGGACUGGAGCGUCAAGCUCUGGCGUGUGCGGCCGCCUGCGACGACCGCCUCUGCCACAUCUGGCCUGGCCCAAUCCCAAGUUGUCUCACCCAUUCUCGACAUUACCCGUGACGAUGUUGUCUACGAUGCCCGCUGGCACCCAACCCGACCUGGUGUGUUCUCUCUUGUCGACGGUGCCGGCAACGUCGAAGUCUGGGACCUCGCUUCAGAUACCGAAGUGCCAGUCGCUCGUGAAGUUGUUGACAAUACCCAUGGCAACAUCAUGUCCCGAAGCCUUAACAAGGUUGCAUGGGAUGAGCGCGAGGGACGCCGCCUGGCAACUGGUGGCCUCAAUGGUGUUGUUACAGUCUUUGAAGUUGGCAAGGGUCUCUGUGGGCUGCCGGAGGAAGUGCCGGCGGACGAGUGGACUGGUAUGAAACGGCUUGUAGGAAAGCUAGAACAGAAAGACAAGGACCGGGGGGCGUAA